GUGUUGUCAGCUAAGUUCACUUCUGAACUAAGGAGUUCCUCCAAAUGUUGGCUGACAUUUGUCCUUGCACAUCCCAAGGCUCGUCUACAAAGUCUGCAAUUCAUAAUGGAGCUACUGUACUGGCUAUUGGAAGGAGGAGAUUCUGAAGAUAAGGAGAUUCAGCCGUCGGUCUUUGAAAUUUCCUGUGAUAUGUUUCAAUCUAGAUGCAAAGAACAUGGAAAAAUCAAAGUGCACGAGUGGUUUAAAUAUGUUUUGGAUGUUCCUGUUUAUAGACUAUAAUACUUUUCCAAUUAAAAUCUUCAGUUGUCAUGCAGAAGAAGGUUAAACUCUACUUGAUUGCCAGUUUUACUGAAAAUGCUUAGUAUUUUAGAGUAUCACCAAAUAUAUUUUGUUUAGCCAAGGUAUAGGAAAAAUAAAAUAAAUUGUAUAGGUCGAAUUUUUUCUAAAAUGUC